GUGUACGGCAUUCAUAAUUUCUUCUUUAUUUGUCGUCCAAAGGUGUUGCUGGCCGAAGGUGUGUUGCCGAGUGGGCAUUUAGUAGUGCUGCGACGAUCCUCUGAGACAAAUAUCAAAGAAGAACUCAAAGUUUUUAGAACAAAAAGAAAAUCGUCAACCGCUAAGCCGAAUCAACUGAAGCAAAGAGAAACAAACCAGUUCGGGUAGUGAAAACGUCGUGACGUCCAGACAACGAAAACAAAGAUCGAACGAACCAACCGACUAAAAAUGCAUAUUAUAUGGAACCUGCUUGGCUGUCUGGCGGUCCUAGCCGGAACAUCCCUGGCGGCGUACGAGAGACCAUCGUACGUGCAGCCCUGCCGGCGGAGUGACCCCGAGAUCAACAAAUGCAUCAAGAACUCGUUCAACUACAUCCGGCCAUACAUCGCCAAGGGUCUGACCGAGCUGAAGACGCCCCCGCUGGAACCGCUGCGCAUCGAAGAGCUGGCGAUGGAGAACAACGCCGGUGCCGUCCGCAUCAAGGCCCUGUUCACGGACAUUGUGGCGCUCGGAGCCGGCAACUACACCGUCAAGGACGUCCGCAGCGACGUGAAGAAGCUGCGCAUCGACAUGAGCCUGGGAAUCCCGCGUGUCGAAACCCGGGGCAAGUACGAGAUCAUCGGGAACGUGCUGCUGCUGCCGGUGCGCUCCAACGGCGAGUUCUGGACCGAGUUCUCUGACAUCAGUGCCAUCGCCAAGAUCUACGGCAAACCGGUCGAACGUGACGGAGAGGUGUUCAUGGGUAUCGACAAGAUGCUGGUUGACUUCACGAUGAAGAACGCCCGCUUCAAGGUCAAGGACAAUGUCAACACCCAGAAUGUGCUCGGUGAGGCCAUCAACCAGUUCCUGAACCAAAACGCCAACGAACUGGUGCAGGAGAUGAGACCGGCCGCGUCCCAGAGUAUCGCCAAGCUGUUCCGCAAGUUCCUGAACGACACCUUCAGCAACAUCCCGAUGCGGUUGUGGCUGCUGGAUGACUAAAUCCCAAGCAACGCUUAACUUGCUGUGUAUGUGUGUGCGGCUCAGUUUGGAUGUGGAUGUAAAAGUGAAGAACAAGAAAACGAAGAAGAAGAAAAAGAGAGAAGCGAUAAGACAAACGAAAUCGUAAACCCCGAAGCGCGCGUUUGUGAAUGAGUGUACUGCAUGCAGUUCUAGUGAUAAGCGUUUCUACCUAGCCCCUAAGUGAUACGUUCUAGUGAGUAAGACUUUAUCCUUUCUUCCUUAUCCUGUUCUUUCGAUCAGUUUAGGUCACACGAUUGACUCUGAUGCGUGCUAAGUUUUGUAACGUUUGUCGAAAUCAAUGUUAUGGAUCUCUAACCAAAAAAAAUCUUAAGUCUCUUCAAAGGUAUCUUCAUUGAGUUUUUCCAAGAGAGUCAUUGCUGAGCAAUUGACUGAGUUUCUCCUGCAAGACUACUCUCGCCUGAGAAAAAAAAACAAUCAUUCUUGCGAUUGGCUGUCACUGUGCUGAGACAAGUUAUUAUUUAUUGAAGAUAUAGUACUGCUAUAAAGUGUUUUCUUUUUACGCCCCCCGUUGUAAGUAUUUGUAAAGAAUGAAAGAAAAAGCAAUUUGAGUUUUUCUCAUCGUCAGCAACCUCUCCGAGUGGAGUGCGAGAGGUUCACUUGUACGAUGAACCUAGGAAGACAGAAACGUACAAAAAUUUAUGAAAGAUCGAUUUAUGUUCAUCUAGCGUUUAAGUUUGUAUGAUUGUAAAUAUGAGUAAAGUAUUGUAUCCAUAGGAAACACGAUAAAAAACAGGAAUUAUAAAACCAAUAAAUAGUACAUAAAAAUUAUGCA